AAGAUUCUGAUAAACUUUUAUUUAUUUAUCUAUCUAUCAUCUUUCAUCUUCCUCCAUCUUUGAAACUGGGGAAGAUAAAUCUGCCAUAGAAGACCGAGGGUAUAUCUGUGACCCCCUCUGCCAUUUAAUUACAUAAUGACUGAUAACACAGGCGAGAAAGAAGGCACUAUUAAAGAAGAGGCUGGCUUGAGAGAUUUACUCAGCUGGCUUCCUGAAGAGGUUCUAGGCAGCAUCUUGUCCUUACUUCCGACAAAACAAGCCGCAUCAACAUCUGUACUUGCUAAAACGUGGAGGCAUGUGUGUAGAUUAGUUCAUAAUCUUGAUUUCAAUGAUUAUGAUCAUGUGCUGCCACCGGAAGAGGAAGAGUGUGGAAGAAAGUGGAAUUUGAUCCGGGAGAGCUUCAGGAAAUUUGUGGAUGCUUUCCAAUGCGCUUCUCCCAUUAAGAAGUUCUCUCUAAAAUGUCACUUUCGCAAGGAAAGCGAAAUGGCUCAUGUGAAUGGCUGGAUAUGUAAUGCCGUAGAGCGUGGUGUUUUGGAGAUGAGCCUCGAUUUAUGGACUACUUGUGAAGUCUUUCUGCCUUGUGCGCUCUUCACGAACAAGACGCUGGUUAAGCUGACACUGGGAUCACAUAUUGAUCUUGGGAACAUUCCUCCAGGUGUGUCUCUUCCAGCGCUCAAGAGUCUCUUUUUCAACACCAUCUUUUUCACUUAUGGAGAUCUGUGUAAUGUGCUUCUUCCUGGUUGCCCAAUACUCGAGGAGCUGUCUGUACGUCACGUGAAUUGUGAAGGAAUCCCAUUUUGCAUAUCCAGUAGGAGCAUCAAGAAACUAACAGUUUACUACAACUUUGAGACUGUGAUUACAGAUAUGCCCGGAAUGUCGUUUGACGCACCGAAUCUUGUCUCCCUCGACUACUCUGAUUAUGCAUUGGAAGAGUACCCACAAGUGGACUUGGAGUCCCUAGUCCAAGCUAGGCUGGAUAUUAAGUAUUCUAAAUUAAUCAAGAGGCCAGAUAUGUCUGGUCUCAUUAAUGGGAUAAGCAACGUCCACACCCUGAUUCUUACUCCUGCUUCUGCUGAUGUGAUUUCUCGAUGUGUUAAACACGGACUAUCUCUACCGGUGUUCAAGAAUCUGGUUGGCUUAUCUUUUUGGGGUGACAACAAACGAUGCUGGAAACUGCUGCCUUACCUUAUCAAGCAGUCUCCAAAGCUCUAUACUCUAAUCAUCCAUGGUCUGGAUGAUUACACUUGCGAUGGUACCAUGCAUCUUGUCAAAGUGAACGUUUUGCAUGUUCUUGGCUGUGGAGGAACUGCUAGAGAGUUGGAACAUUUGAUGAGUAUUCUUGGGGGCGUUAUGGUUGAUGAUGGUAAAAUAUUGCAAACUCAUGACGCUCGUUGGAGCUGCAUCAUCGAAGUGCAAGACCGAGUUCGUUUCUUACUUCUAUCCAAGUCCUCUUGUUAAACCGCAUUACAUAUAGGCGAUGAUGGAUCGAAUCCAGCUUGUUUCCAUAUCCUGUUUUAGAAGUUUGCCUUCUAUAACAUCUGACAUAAUGAAACUUUAUGUAAUCACGAAAGUUUGUAGA